CUUUACAUGAAUUCACACUGAACCUCCGCACUGUCCAUCUCCUCUCUGACAUGUCGCCAUGUUCCGUGCAGCCUCACAACCCGCAGACUUGCUCCGGGUGAUUCUACUGAUUCUGCUGCUUGCACCGGAGAGCGGCUGCGGAGGAGCCGGGGCGGACAGCUGUCAUGAGGUGAAGACAGCCUACAUGAUGAGACAGAUAGGCCCCGUGGAGCUGGUGCCGGACUCACCGGGAACAGACGAGUCUCUCCGAGUGUGCGUCCACCCCGGGCCCACCUGCUGCACGAGUAAGAUGGAGGACAGCUACAUGGCGGCAGUUCGCAGCGAGACGCAGCAGAAGAUGCAGUCGUACAGCUUCGAACUCAAGUACCUGAUCGCUGGACACACCAAGACAUACCAAGAGACCUUUGAGUCGCUCGUGUUCUUCACGUCUAACCUGACCAGCUCCCUGUUCGACAGCGCCUACUCCACCCUGGUUUCCGACUGUCGCCCCCUUGUGUUUCAGCUGUUCAACGGUAUCAAACGCCACCUCUCCGGAGAAUCGAAUUCCUCACUGGAGAACACCGUACGUCGAUUCUACAAUGAUCUCUUCCCUUUGGUUUACCGACGUCUGCUCAACCCUGGGAUCGGCCACAUGUCUCUCCAGUCCCCCACCUCCACCACCCACGAUGACUGCCUGCGGUUGACGAGGCAGGACGUCAGCCCGUUUGGACCCCAUCCUCGCCUUCUGGUCAGCAGCCUGUCCCGUGCGCUCGGGGUCGGCCGAGCAUUGAGCAGACUGCUCAGACUGGCCGGUGAGGUGGUGAACGCAACCGAGAAGGCGUCGUUAUCCAGAGAGUGUGGGCGAGGCUUAGUGAGGAUGCAGUACUGUUCCCACUGCAGGGGGCUGACUUUGAUCCGGCCCUGUACCGGACUGUGUGUUAACGUAAUGAGAGGAUGUCUGGUCGGUGUAUCAGAACUCGGCGCCCCCUGGGGGAGCUUGGUGGUAUUGCUCCAACGGCUAGCCGCUACUUUAGCGACCAGCAGCAAUCACAACAGCAUGGAGUUGGCUCUGCUCGCGGUCCGAAACCAUGUGAACGACGCCAUACUUCACGCUCAGCUGCACGGGCCACGCGUCACAGCCACGGUCGAGAAGGUGUGUGGUCCACAGGAGCCUGGUCCCGUGAUCACAAGUUCAAAACCCACCACAUCCCAUGUUACAGCCUCAGUGACCCCCGUGACAUCACUGACCUCAGAGAGGUCGACUGUGACCUCACCUCCAUCAGUCUCUCAUCAACGUCUGCAACAACAAUCCAGGAGGUUGUUCCCUCUGAAAGGUUCCAGAGGUGACAAGAGUCGAAGCCUAAAAAAACUGUCGAGGGAGUUUGAGGGAUCUAUCCAGAGGUACCAGUGGUUUUUCUCAGAGCUGCCAGAGAUGCUGUGUGAGAGUGAGAUGGAGGUCGAGCAGCACACGUGCUGGAGCGGCCAUGACGUCGCAGAGAGUUAUGCAGGUCGUGUGGUCGGCAGCACUUUAAAGGCCCAAAGGGAAAACCCAGAGAUGACCGUCCGUAAUACAGACCCUGUCCUGAAGGGGGCCAAACAGAGGCUGGAGCAGCUCACACAGGAGCUGUUAGUGGAGCUCGGCUGGGCGAGUAAAACCAGAGGAAGAGCGGAGGAAGAGGAGGGAGGGAGCGCACAGAACGAGCUGGGCAGUGGGAGCGACUGCGAUGAUGAAGAUGGCUGCGAAGCAUCUGGCAAGGAGGAUGGUGAUGAGACGGGUGAUUCAGCCAGUGGUCACAGUCCAGAGACAAAGAACGAAGCUGGGCCUCCUCUUCUUCAUCGCCCCAUCCCUCCUCAUCACCUCUCACCUCCACAGGUGGUCGUCCGCAGCUCAGCUCACAUCAUGACCGUCGAACCUCUGACCCUGGUGACCCCACUGCUCCUCCUGCUGUCGACAUGGGAACCACGCUGACCGCCGUGAGACAGAUCCUGGGACGGACAGAGACAGAAGAGACAGAGAGACGACCACAGACUGUAUGUUUGGUGGUGGUGGUGGUUUGGAAGUUUUUGUAAGCACAGCUAAACCCCUCCGAUCGAGGGGGGGGGGGUUCCAGCUUGUGGCACAGACUGUGGGUUUGCUGCAGUUGCACAGCAUUUUGAUAUUACCUGUACUGACCUCUACUUGUGUGCAUUUGUAUUUAACUCUAUUAAGGUAGUUUGCACAGCACUAGUUACUUUUUUUGAAGAAAGAUGUAAAUACAAAUAUAUAUAUUAUAUAUUUAUAUGAAGAGUUUCUAUAGGUAACUGUGGCUUGAUGUGUAAAUAGAGAUUAAUAUAGAGCAGAGCGGACUGACUUGGACUCAAAAGGCCGUUUGGUUUGGUUUUGACCUUCACAGAGUUCAGCUGGAGUUAAACAAGCUGCAUAUUUACAGUGGAGGCACUUCAGUGAAAGUUUAAGAAAACUCAGAACACAGAGAUGAAUUCAGGCUCUUUGGCACCUGAUAGUCUGGACCGUGGUCUGAACUAAGAUUCAUGUCGUCGUUACAUUUUAUUUACAUUUAAUCUGGUGAGUGAACUGGUUGAUCUGCGUCCUCGUGGUUCAAACAUUACAUCGUCAGCGGCAAAGACGGCAGCAAGCUCUUCUUCUACUUUUUAAUGCUCAACUUCCUACGAUUCGUCUAAAAGUCAGAACUAUUAGUCAAACAUUCUAAACAUGUUCCAGUUUGAUCCAGACUGAGAUGACCUCCGACUACAUUUUGAUCCAUUGGCCUCAGGCUGCUCAUUAAUACUAAUGUGUACUUAUACUUUCUCAAUAGGCAACAACCAAUUAUGAGAUACUUCAGACCAUGGAGCGUGAAAUAUUUGACUGUUUGGCCGGCAAGUCCGUGCACACUGAAACCCUUCAGGACUUUUUUUCUUUUCAUAUAACCUUCUUUUUAGAAUUUAAAUUCCAUCAAACAUUACUCACAAGACGUUCUCUCGUAAUUUACCUUCUUGGUGAAUAAACAUUUUCAAAGUAGUUGUUGAGAAAAAUGGGUAGAGACUGUUCUUCUGUGGAUGCACAGUGGGCAGAGAUGUAAAAGCACUAAAGGGAACGGCUUUCAUUUCAAAUUCAAUUUCACUUGCAAGCUUCAAGGAAGCUCUGUUAGAAAUGAAAAUAAACCAAACACCCAGAAGAAGAAAAGACUGAAUAUCACCAUCAUUUAAAAGUCAGAAACAAUCAUCUGCCUGAACAGUGAAAGGUAAUCUGACAUUUCAUUGUCAUUUAUUAUUAAACUGUCGCAGUCAUUCAAAGGUAGACUUGGCUCCAAAUGCUUGAAUUAAAACUUCACUGAGAUCAUAUAUAUGAGAUUUAAUAAGAUUCAGUGAAUGCUGUUGGAAAGGCUGAUACAUGUUUUAUCAGCUUGUCCCCGGGGGAAGACAAUAGAGCCCAGAUCCAUACAUGUGAAUCAAAUGUGAUUCAUGUUAAUUAGGAUUAUCAAGUCCCUCCGGCCCUUUGUGAAGUCUUACACCCCCCAAACGGCUCACACCAGCAGGAGAGACAAAGGGAAUAAUUAUUAAAUGUGCAUUUCUUUCACUUGGUGACAGAUUUCUUUAUCUACUUCAGAAUAUUAGGGACGUGUUAGAAUAAAGUUGUUCCGAGAUUGCUAAAAUAAAGUUGUAAUAUUACCUGAACAAGGAGAAGUCGUAAUUAAAUUUGAAUAAUCAUUUUGCAGGGGGAAUAUCAAAACAUACAUUCUUUUGCCUGUGUUAAAAUGAGGAAUGUGGAGCAUCUUGUUCGGUUAUACUUUGUUAUAGGUCUCAUAAAUUUAUAACAUAAUUCUUAAUAUUUCAGGCACAUUUUCAUCAGUAGAUUGUGCAA